CAACAGAGCUCAGCUCUCCCUGUAUAGCUAGCUCUGCGACGCAAUCUACCUGUGGCAGAAUGCUCGGUGGCGCCACAAGUUCCGUUAAAUUGUGCGUGAUGUCAUGGUCCUUCGUUCACCUCUCGCUUUCACCGCCGACGCUCCGCGCACUUUCACCGCUAUGUUGCCCCACCGCCAAUCACUCUUUCUCAUCUGCGCUCAUACUUCUUUUCUCAUUCUCUACCUCCGUCAGCAACUACCCACCUAAGGCGCGACGCCUCCAGAAAGACUAUGGCGCCGCGAAAAGCCAAAAAGGCUGAGCGACUGCCCUUCAAGCCCCUCAAGCUCGUCAUGAAACGAAAGGUUGCAAACCGGACACCAGAGGGGCUGCGAAAGCAGCAACGCGUGCACUCUCCAUUGAAACGCUCGAAGCGCAACCACCGCACAAAAUCCCCGAGGCGAAGGGACCGUCGUGAGAAGGCGGGUUUCUUCCAGCUUCCGCGCGAGAUCCGAGACAUGGUUUAUCAUGAACUGUGGAAGCAAACGCCUGCCAUUGACGUCCGCGGAAGUCUGGUGACCGCAUUCUAUAGGAUAUCCACGAAUGAGGGCGGCGACAACGUUUCUCUCGAGACUCCAGCUACAAAACUUCCACUAGGACUACUGGCUUGCAAGUCCAUGUUGAAAGAAUCCCUGGAGCAGUUUCGACGCAAUGGGCUGUGGUAUGUCCAUAUCGGAAGUGGCGAUCCGCUUCCUCGUAUUCAGUCGUCCAUGCGUUCAUCCCACUUUCGGGAGCUAGGCAUCACCUACGGUAUCUUGAAAUAUACUAAGAACUACAAUCCCGGCUUCCGGACAGCCACGUUCUCAGGCCACCUAUGUGACGAGCACAGCAUCGACCGUCUGUCGGAAUACUUCAGCGCCUCCACCACCAUCGAGAAACUGGCGCUACAGGUUUACCUGUGCUAUCCAGACAUAGAGAAAAGCCAACUAUCCCCUUAUUUCUGUCGAAUCAAAGUGGAUCUCUCCGUCCUGGAUGGCCUUAAAAAGGGAUUCAGUCAUCUCACGGCCUUUGAGAUCGUUGUCAUGGAAUUCGUUGACCUCUUUAUUCCUCGCCAGUGUUUGGAGAAGCCGCUAGUCGAGGAGGUCAUGAGGCUGGGUCGCAAGGUCAUGGGGAAAGGAGUCUUAUCAACCGUCCAGAAGACCCCUAUCACUGAACCGCGACUCGAUGCCCGCGGAUUCCGAUGGCGGUUUGCUUUUGAGCAGAACUGAUGGGCCGAUCGUUCCUCACUCUUAUGGAAGCACUGCAUGGGAUUUCGGUGCAUCGUAUAUGCGGGUUUCACCGCCUAAUAUUGGAU